ACGUCACGGUCGGCAGUACCGAAAGUAUAUUUCGGAAUACACCCUAGGGUUUUUCGAGACUAGGCUAGUGCUGCAUGAUGUUGGCAGCUUUGAAGUUGUUCAUGACCCAAAAUUCGGCUACUUUCAGUCGACGCUCGUUGUAACCUCAAAACAUUCCGAUUUGUUUAGAGUUAAAAGCUAAGUUAUGUUUGAGGUUGGACCCAUGUUUAUACCUCAAGUUUAUGUCAAAUACUGUAUUUAAUGUGUGAAACAUGUCAAUCUACCUUUGUAAAUUAUGUUCCGUUUUAUUGCUGGAACAUUUUGGACCUGUCGUGCAAACUGUGGGUGACGAUUUAUUGAAAUACGAUCGAAGGUCACUACGAGCUAUAAAAGCAGCUGUAAAUCUGCCGCUUAACAAAAUCAAGGAGGUGAUGUGCGUUCUUAUAAAGUAUGGAUUUGUUGAACACAGCAAAAAUGAUAAACUCAACGAAUAUAUUAUUGUUCACGAGCGAAUUUUGAUGAUCCUGCGAUAUCCAAGGUACAUGUUUUUCGUCAAAAGUUUGCUGGGUGACGAAGCUGAAAUUAUGCUAGAGGAGCUAUUAAGACGAGGCUAUGAAACAGCUUCGAAAAUAAUAGUCAAAACUUACCAAAGAGAGAAGCAACUAUUGAGUGACCGCCAACAACCGGUGGAAAUAUUGAAAGAAAAAUUUGAGUCACUGGUCAAGCAUCAAUUUUUAAUGCGUUCCAUUAUUACGCCAGCUGCUCUAGAGGACCCUAUAGAUUUAAAUGUAGAAAAGCUUGACUUUAGUUUCCCAGAUCUUAAUCUCCUGGCACUUUCUCGAAUGGCCAAUGGCAUCGCAGCAAACCCUGGAGACAAUAAUAUAUAUUGGCGCAUUAAUUUCGACAGAUUCACUCAAGAUAUCAGGGAUCAAAUCAUGGUCUCUGCUAUCACUAAGCGUUUUGAUGACAAUGCCGGAGAGCUAAUGAGGCAAAUGCUGAAUCUAAUGUACUUGCGCACAGCUGAGUGGAGGGCAACGUCAAAUCCUAUACCUUACGUGGAAAUAAAGGAUGCAGUUAGAAAGUUGAAAUAUCCCAUGUUAAUUCAACACCUAGAUCAAUAUUUGUGCCUUAUUGAGGAAGAUACUUGCCAGUUUUUAAAAAGGGUUGGAGAUAGCGGAGGUGGACAGUUUAGCAUAAACAUGAAACAAGCUUUCACACAGUUAACGUGGACUACUCUGGAGAAUAUCGUCCUUGAACGAUUCGGAUCAAAGGCUGCAAGAAUAUUUAGAUUGGUACGUACAAGAAAAUACGUCGAGCAGGAACAGAUCCAGCAGUUGGCGAUGAUACCUGCUAAGGAAGCUAAGCAUUUAACGUACACGUUGCUGCAGGAGAAUUAUAUCCAUGUACAAGAAUUAAAGAAGACGACGGUUUCGAAUGCCCCGACAAAAAUAUUCUUCCUUUUUCACAUAGACCUUGAUCAGGUUGUCGGAAUGGAAAUAAGUCACUGCUAUCAUGCUCUUUAUAAUACCAUACAGCGGCGGGAUCACGAAAACACGGUGAAUAAGAGGAUGAUUGAGAAACACUUGCGGGUACAAACGCUCACCAGUAACUUGAAGGAACAUGGGGCCACAGAAGAACAGUUAAACGAUAUAGCGGAAAUGAUGACCCCGUCUGAAAAGUUAGAACUGGGUAAAGUACAAGACAUAAUUAAAAAACUUGGUGCCAGCGAACUACAGAUAGAUGAAACGUUAUUUUUGUUGACAAUGUAUUCACGGUAUCAAGAAAAAUAAAAACUUUGAUAUUCAA